AUGCCCAUUUACAGUUUCGUCUCUGACUGCGGAGGAUUCGAACAAGAAGAUAUCAACCAGCCACUACAAGCCAUACAAUCGAACUACAAGGCAUGGUGCUCGGGAUUCGCGCCCCUGGUGGUGGGCGGCGACAUGGACUCUGUAGCGGUACAGGAGUUCAGCCAGACCUUAUUCAAUAUGAGACCAGACAUCGCGUUGAGCCUGGCCCGAACCAUAUUCCAAAGCGACUUGAGACCUCUGCUGUGCUACGUGACCGUGCCGUGUCACUUGAUACAUAGCACGAGGGACAUGGCGGUGCAAGUGGAGAUCGCACAGUAUCUCCACCGGCACCUUGGCGGCAAGUCUGUCGUUGAGGUCAUCCCGACCGAAGGGCAUCUGCCGCAGCUGAGCUCACCGGAUGUUGUGAAUCCCGUGCUUCUUCGGCAUAUUCGUUUUGACAUUAAUGUUGCUAGUGAUUAG